GUAUGUGCUAGAUUUCAGGCAAGUCCUAAGGAAAGUCACUUAAAUGCAUCUAAAAAGAUCCUUAGAUAUCUCAAAGGUACGCAAAGUGUUGGACUUUGGUAUUCGAAAGGUGGAUCUUUCGAACUUAUGGGUUAUUCAGAUGCGGACUUUGCCGGUUGUAAGAUAGAUCGAAAGAGCACAUCAGGGACAUGUCAGUUUCUAGGUGGAAGACUUGUCUCAUGGUUUAGCAAGAAACAACAUUCGAUAGCUACAAGCACUGCUGAGGCAGAAUAUGUAGCAGCUGGAAGUUGUUGUGCUCAGAUCUUAUGGAUGAAGCAACAGCUAAUGGAUUAUGGUGUUGAGUGUAAGGAGGUUAAAAUUAUGUGUGACAAUACAAGUGCUAUUGCCAUCACCCACAACCCAGUGUUACACUCCAGAACAAAGCAUAUUGAUAUUAAGUAUCACUUCAUCCGAGACCACGUUGAGAAAAAGGACAUCACUUUGGAAUAUGUUGCAACGGAGGAGCAACUAGCAGAUAUUUUCACAAAAGCGUUAUGUGAAAAUAGAUUCUCU